GACCUGAGGAUAACGUGGAGUCAUGGACAUUCUACCGGUUAACUUUAAAGUGCUAUGGUUCUGCGGCGCAUGGAAGGAGCGAAAAAACAAAAACAUUAUUCUCGCAUUUCUGCAUGCUUGUUACAAGUAUGCGAUUUUGAUCUUAAUAUAUCAAUUUACGAUCUUCGAAGUAAUAGAAUUGUUUCGCACGCGCAAUCGCAUUCAUGAAUUAACAGAAGCGCUUUUUCUCGCUGCAACGUUUGUGACGCUGUGCGUGAAAUAUGCAAAUUUUCUAUUACGAAAGAAAGAACUGUCGGUGGUGUUAAACUGUUUGCGCGUAAAAAUGUGUCAGCCGAGAAAUUCUAUGGAGGAGCUAAUAAUGGAAGAACAUGGUCGUAAAGCUAAAUGGAGCGCUCUCUCCUUUCUGAUAAUAUCGCACGCGACCACCAUCGGUUUCAUUAUUACGACGGUUUUAAGUCUGAAAAAGGGAGAAUGGAUUUUGCCUACGAGAUCAUAUGUUCCUUAUUCCAUUUCGAAAUUAUUUCCAUAUCUGGCGACGUAUCUGCAGCAGAUUGCAGUAUUGUUCUACGCAGUGAUGCUUAACGUUUCCUUCGAUUCCCUUGUUUACGGCUUCACGAUUCACGCCUGCGGGCAGAUCGAAUUAAUCUGUCGCCGAUUAACGGACAAUUUUAGAGCCUCGAAAACUCUCCGGGAAGAAUUAGGAUCAAGUGAAAUCGAAGAGUGUAUCAGGCAUCAUGUAUUGGUGCAGAUUUUUGUGAAGAAAGUAGGAGCGCUAUUCGUUUGGACGGUUAUGGUUCUCUUCUUCUUCAGUCUGAUCAUUCUUUGCACCAGCAUCUUUUUGAUAUCAAAGACAAAGCUGUUUACCGCUGAAUUUCUAUCUUUAUGCUUAUAUCUUGGAAGCAUGCUGUUACAAAUAUUUUUUUACUGCUGGUAUGGAAAUGAGCUUAAUCUCAAGAGCAAAGGAAUAGCAAAUGCAAUUUUUUCUAGCAACUGGACUAUAGCAACAACAAGAGAACGUAAAACCUUGAUGCUUCUGAUGCUAAUCAGUCAAAAUGGACUGGUAUUUUCUUAUCACGGAAUUUGUACGUUAUCCCUUAAAACUUUUACAUGGGUAAGAAGCACUGAGCCGUAUCUAUAGAUUAUAAAGAUUUCAGAUCAGACGAUACAAGUGUGCGACCGUAUAGUCAGCAAUCUCUUUCGCAGAAUAGAAGCAUUGUAAACACUAUUUAUU